AUGCCUUUUCAAUUCGAAAACCUGCCUCCAGAAGAGCUGGAGCUGCAGGUACCUGUUUACAUCUUAAAAGGGCAAACGUUUUCACGCCGCAAGGGAUUGCUUGCAGUGUUCAAUGACAAAUUUAGCGUGCAAUAUUACGAGGUAGUAGAUGGCUACUUCAAAGCAAUGGUCCAUCUCGGAGAUGGGCUAAAUUGUCUCACUUUGCAGCAUGUGGAUGGCAUAUGGAUGAACGGACAGCCUGCAUUUCCCAGAGAUGGGCCAACUGUUUUCGAUCAAACACAGAUCAAAUUGAACUACAACCCGAUAAAAGACGAAUCUCUUGUUCCAAAAAUACAUCUGUGUGUUUUGGUUGGCAAGGACUCACCUCAAUUAUUUGAUUGUCCGCAGGCUAAAAGAUACGAGGGAAACGGUCUUGAUGCGGCAGUACGCAAGUUGCGCAUGGGUGGAAGAUUGAUGCAGGCGUUCACGCAGGAUGAUAUGUAUCUAGAGAAGUUUGGAUCAAGGAGCUUCCGAUUCGUUGAAGAAAAAACCCGAUGCACCACCAGCUACAUUGAAGAGCGAAAAGGAGUUCUGCGCAACGAAAUUAAAAUACAUGUUAUUCGGUCCAACCGCACCGUUGCUGAACUCCGAAACCCCGAUUAUGCGCAACAGAAUCCUAAAGCAAAGAAAGCUGGCGAGCUAUUCGGAAUUGCAAUGGAUUCUUUGACUAGAUACGGUGGCCCAUUUGCAGAGUCAGCAACUUCCCGCGUACCAGCUAUGGCGGCUGUCAUGAUUUUAGAUGCUCAUUGGGACAAGGCACAGAAUUUAAUCUUGGGGCAUGCCGCACUCGGUGGCGGAAAUGAUAGGAUCAAGCUUGCUAUUUUUGGGUCCCACGGACUUCACUCUUGGCCAAUGAAUAUGGAGUCCCUGCAUAUGGCAUUGACCGACACCACACCGAUUAGCACCAAUGAAGUGGCAAAUGAUUGCAACCAAUGUGGCACCGCUUGGGAGUGUUUUACCUUGACUUUGGGGGCCUUUAUGCAUGAAAUAGGACACUUGCUUGGCUGUCCACAUCAAAGAAAUGGAGUUAUGCUUCGUGAUUACCUAACAAUGAACCGCAAGUUCCUAGCGAAAGAGGCAUAUUGUCAGCGAACAAAUAAAUCAGAAUGGGGUCCUGUGUAUACGGGUGCAGAGCCUGGAUGGCACAGAUUGGACAAAAUAAGGUUUCUGUAUCAUCCAGCCUUUGCUGUUCCUGCUGACUUCUAUGUGGAAUCAUUUAGACCGACUGCAUUUAGAUGCAACCAGGGAAUGAAGCUACCUGCAGAUGCGGUCUGUGAAAUCUCCGUUUUGGCGAUCGACAAAGAUACCUUGGAUUUGGUGGCACCUUCUGGAAUCUAUCUUGUUGAGUUCAUGACUGGUGAGUUUCCAGACCUGCAAUACGAGUUCUUGCCUGUGUUCUUGAAAGGUUCGGGCUGCCGUCCUGUCGUUCGCUUGUCCGUCUUCCAACUUGAGUCUCAAUUAAAAACUAAGAAGCCCAUCAAUGUUCGGGUUCUUGCGCGUGGGUUUGUUCAAAAGGACAUUCAUGAUUUGCGAAAAUUUAUUAGUGAGCUAAGCUCUCCCAUCCUGGUGAAUGGUGGCACAUUAUCUCUUACAAAAAGCGAAGUGUACGGAGGAGGUCAAGGCCGUGAUUUGUUGGUUACGUUUCCGGAUAAGCGAAUCACUGGGCUACAGGUUACACACGGUUUGGCAUUGGACGGUAUCAGAGUUCUUUUCAUUGAUCGAACCUAUCUGGACUUUGGAAACUUUAAAAGUCAUCACACAGAUUUUUUCCUGGAAGGAGAUGAAACGAUAAUUGGGUUCACCAUACGCUGUGGAGCGUGGGUUGAUGCUAUUCAGAUUCUGACCAAUAAAAAAUCGAGCCCGAUGCUUGGCGGAACAGGGGGAGGUGUGCGUCAAUUUUUCGUGCCUCAAGGUAAGAGUCUGCAGGGAUUCUAUGGAAAAUUGUCUAAUUGGUGCAACGGUAUAGGAUUUUUAUAUGGUUGA